AUGACAACAGUAGAUGGCUUGCUUGGAAACAGCUGGGUUAGGAACUUGACGUUCCCUUUGGUUGUUUAUGAUCCUAUGCAUAUCGACUUAAAUGUGAAAGGAGUAGAAUAUGAAUAUAUUGCUGAUUUCAUAGGACUCAUUAAAAAGUACCUGUCAAGUAAUAAUCUAUGGGGAGAAAUACCAGAAGAGGUCAAAAAUCUCAUGGCUUUGGGUAGCUUGAACUUAUCCCAUAACCAUUUGACAGGAAAGAUACCAGAGGGUAUCGGAAGCUUACAUGAGUUAGAAGCACUUGACCUCUCUAGUAACCAUCUUUGGGGUUUAAUUCCUUCAAGCAUGAACUCCAUGACUUCAUUAAACAAAUUGAAUUUGUCAUUCAGCAACUUCUCUGGGCCAAUCCCAUCAGCCAACCAAUUCCACACCUUCGAUCCAACCUCAUUUGAAGGAAACUCCGGACUUUGUGGACCUCCAUUGCCAACCCAAUGCAGCUCAGCAUCCCAUAAUGAUCCAGCUGCAAAGGUUGAGGAAGAUGAAGAAGAUAAGUAUGGAAAAUUAUGGUCCUAUGCAAGCACAGCGUUGGGGUUCAUUGUAGGAUUUUGA